AUGGCAGAUACAGCAGUAGCUUCCGAAACUCCCGCUCCGGCGACUCCGGCGAAAAAACCGAAGGCCGCCGCUACUGCAGCAGGUGGUGCAAAGAAGCCCAAGGCGAAACCCACUCAUCCGAAGACUUCCGAAAUGGUCACCAGCGCAAUUAAAGAGCUGAAAGAGCGCAGUGGAUCAUCUUUGCAAGCGAUAAAAAAUAUAUUGCCGCUCAAUAUAAAGUCGACGCUGAAAAACUAG